AAUCCCCAGUUCAGAGAAAAAGCAGCUCAAAAGUGCUUUUUUUCUCAGCAAGUCUGAACCAGUCAGCCGGCUGCCUCCUCCCUCCGGCUCACACCCUCCCUCCCACCGCUCCGGAGGAAUAUCCCAGUCUGCUCCAAGGUGCAGCAGAACACCCAGGGCAGGACGGAGGGGUGUCCGCACCCACCGGGCCGAGAGAGGAGAGGGGUCUGGAAGUUUGCAGGGCUCAUUGCAGGCAGCGGCGGGACGGCAGCGUGCCCGGUGCAGGCAGCACGGGCUCCCACUUGCCUGCGCUACUCCAGCGGUUGAAGUAUCUGGGAUGGGGUCCCCGCACUGGAAACGGCUCUGCCUUUUGCUCCUGGCAGGUUUAACAUCCUCCUUGCUCCUCUACGGUCACUACUAUGCUACGGUGGAGUUGCCCCCCAGCCAGAGGAUCAUAGCCAGCCUGCUGCGGCCAGAACCGCUGGUCCUGGCUCCGUCGGGGACAUUGCGCCGAGCCGGCAGCCACAGAUGGGCGCUUGAAGGCAGCUUAGAGAGUGGGAAGUCCUUCAAGCCUUCGGCCGAGCUGGAGGAGCCCAAGCCCAGCAGAAAGCAGCCCAACACGUGCGUCCGCUCGGUGAUGGCCAGAGCAAAGGCAGACCCCAAGUUUGGGGAGAUGUUCCGCUUCGACACCCCCGUGCUGAUGUGGGACCAGCACUUCACCCCGGAGACCUGGGACAGGCUGAAGGCACGACACGUCCCCUACGGCUGGCUAGGCUUGUCCCACGCAGUGGUGGGCAGCACCCUCCGGCUUCUCAACGCCUCCGCCAACAGGCACCUCUUCGACAGGGACGCUUUCCCCGGGGGCUGCGUCCGCUGCGCCGUGGUGGGAAACGGCGGCAUCCUCAAUGGCUCGCGGCAGGGCAAGGCGAUCGAUGCGCACGACCUGGUCUUCAGGCUCAACGGUGCCGUGAUCAAAGGCUUCGAGGAGGACGUCGGGACCAAGAUCUCCUUCUACGGCUUCACGGUGAACACCAUGAAGAACUCCCUCAUCGCCUAUGAGGAGUACGGCUUCACCCAGAUACCCCAGGCCAAGGACCUGAGGUACAUCUUCAUCCCCUCGGAUGUCCGGGACUAUGUCAUGCUGAAGUCGGCCAUCCAGGGCAGCCCAGUCCCCGAGGGCUCGGACAAGGGGGACAAGCCACAGAAGUAUUUUGGACCAGAGGCAUCUGCAGAGAAGUUCAAGCUGCUGCAUCCAGAUUUCUUGCAGUACCUGACAGCGAGGUUCCUGCGGUCGGAGCUCCUGAACACGCAGUACGGCUCGCUCUACAUGCCCAGCACCGGUGCCCUCAUGCUCCUCACCGCGCUCCACACCUGCGACCAGGUCAGUGCCUACGGGUUCAUCACUGCCAACUAUGAGCAGUUCUCAGACCACUACUACGAGCUGGAGAAGAAACCGCUGGUGUUUUAUGCCAACCACGACAUGAUGCUGGAGUCAGCGCUGUGGAGGAGCCUGCACCGCGCAGGGAUCAUGACCCUCUACCAGCGGUGAGGCUGGGCAGCCGCCCACAAGGGCAAGUCCGAGGACUCCUGUGGCUCUUCUCCUCUUUCCCAAAGGCCACCUUCUCCCUCCCGAGGGCUCUCCCCAGCUGGCCAGCCAGCCCACGGAGCAGACCCGCCACACCGCGGCCGGCGGUGGUGUGAUGGUAAGGGGCAAGCUGAAGCUGGCAGAGAAAUGUUGCAUUUUCUCAGGGAUCUCCAGCAAUGUUUCGUGGCUCAGUGUGAUUGAACAUGGCCUUUAGGGCACCAAGAAGCAGCACGGCAUGUGGCUGCGACCUCCCAGCCCCACAAAAGCAGCUGUGGGGCAGCAGUGGCCCCUUGGAAGCACAGGAGGGGCAGGGUGAUGCUGCAAGAGGAUGCUGGAGAUGUGUACGUGUGGAAAACACCCUUCACCUUGCCAUCACACUCCAGGUCAAAUGCUCAUCACUGUGGUGGGACCACAACAGGCGUGAUGAAUCCUUGGACUGGAGACUAGAUCAUCCAGCUAACAGGAAGGCGGUGUGUUUGGAGAACACCUCCCUCCCGGACCACAGAGCACCUGAAUUCCAGCCAGCUCUGGGUUGACGUGUGCCACUUUCCAGAAGGAUGUUUGCCUCUGGGAUCAGCAGGAAAGACAGCAGCUUGGCUGUCCUCCCCUGUGACAGACGCACAGCGUGCCCUGCGAUUUUCCCGUUCUCUAGGUCAUGGUGUUUUCAAACAAACAAGGGUGUUAAAAGCCAUCAGCUAAGAAAAGGGUUACUGCAACUCAGCUGGGACAUCAGAAACGUGGCUGGCCUUUGAGCAUCCUGGAGGCAAGAGCUGGCCCACAGCCCACGUGUGCGUGGUAGUGGGUUUGUUGGGUUUUUCUUGCACAGGGACCACGUGGUGCCCUCCAAGUGCUUUGAGAAGGCAGCCCCAUGCCAAGUGGGUUAAGGAGCCUGCUAGCUCAUUGGGUGAGUCUAAGUCAUUGUCACUCUCAAUUUUUUUUCCUCCCCAGAAAAAGGGAGGUGAAGGUCUUGAACCCUUCAGCUAUCCCGUGUAAGCCAGCACUGCUAAGGAACACCCGCUGAGGAGGCUGCUCCAGCUGGUGGUGGCCACAGGGUUGAUAUGGCACAGGGGAGUGAGCGGCGUCAUCCGAGACACUUUCCCACUUUGUGUAAUUACAUAAAAUAUUCAAUGUCUUCUUUUA